CCUCGAUUCUGGGUUGUGUCGGAGUUGGGGGUAAGUGAGCGAGUCAAUCGGAGCAAGCGGCAUCCAAGAGCGAUCUGUCAAAUGGAAAGCUGGUAGAAAUGUAGCUUGCAACGAGUCGAGCAAGCUCUCUCGUGGCUUUUUAACGUAGAACCUAGUUUGAUUUGAUAACAUCAUAUCAAAGGAGCUCGCAUUCGUUCCAUGACUUCCCUACUCAAUCAUACGUUGACAGAAGAUGACAGUAUUAGAAACGGAGGAAGACGCAGAUAAACGUUCGGUUCCUCCCAGAAAGAAGUUCUGCCUCUCCCUCUCAAGACGUCCUGUUGGACGUGCGACCAUCAUUAUCUCGCAGCCCCCUCAUACAUCUACAACAAGAGGGGGCCUUCUGGAUACAUCAAACUAUUCACUCAGUACAAGUAAAAUGUUGAAUGGCUACCGAAACCAGCUGAGCAAUCACCAGGAUGGAAGUUACGAUAUGUCCAGUGGUAGUACAGAAGGAUUUAGGAUAGCCACCUUGUGUAAUUUAGGAAAUACUUGUUUCCUUAAUAGUGUAUUAUAUACUUUGCGAUUUGCGCCUUCCUUUCUGCAUAAUUUACAUCAUUUAGCUACUGAUUUGUCUAAUCUAAAUGAUAAACAACUUCAAACAAAAGCCAAAUCCUCCUCAUUAGGUAGAACUGGUGUGUCAUUAACAUCGAGCAGUAGUCGUAGUUGGAGCAGUAAGGAUUUAUUGGCUUUGGCUGGGCCAACAGUAGAAGUCAAUAAACCGCAUAUUCAAAUAGCCACCGAAAAGUUGCACGAACUCUUCAUGGCAUUGCGAGCAUCAGAAGCAAGAGAAAAUAGUGAACCAUACCAACCGGAUGCCUUUUUACAAGCUCUUAGAGAGGUAAAUCCGAUAUUCGAAGGAAAUCAACAGCAGGACGCUCACGAGCUUUUGGUCUGCUUACUUGAUAACAUCAGAGAGACUUUCCAACUAUUGGUCAGACACAGAGAAAGUCAAUUUGGUCAGAGUAAUGGUGGCUUUCCCGAUUUCACUACUGAUCACUCAACAACUGAUGUGCAAUCGGAGAGUAGCGGUUCCGGAAAGAGGAGUACUCGUAAAAACAAGAAAGAAGAAAAACAAAAACAAAACAAAAAAGAAGAAAAGAAGAAGUUUCCAAAUAGGGGAAGUUCAGUAUAUCUCGUGCGGUCAAACGCGAAUGGUAUCGCGACAUCCGCAAGACCAUAUGAAAAUGGUCACGCUGAAUUCGCCGAGAGUAACGGCGAGAUAGGGACGCGCAAACCAGAAAGCAAAAAGUGCUUUAUCUCGGAGGAUUUUGAGGGAGUCAGUCUAUUGCGCACAACGUGUCUCGAAUGUGAACAUGUGACAGAACGCAAGGAAACGUUCUGUGACAUAUGCGUACCCAUCGACAUUGAUCGUUCAAAUGAGAAAGAUGACGAUGGUCGAUCGGUAGACAGCAGUGAAGUGUACAAACGCGCCGUAGUAACUAGCGAAUUGCUUUGGGGUACAGAGAAAUAUUGGUGCGCACGUUGCCUACGAUAUAAUGAGGCUCGUAGAGCUGUAUGUUUUCCCUCGUUACCGAGACUUCUCAUUUUGCAGUUGAAGAGAUUUUCUACUGCUGCUGGUUCAAUGGAAAAGAUCAACAACCACAUGCCAACGCCGCUUACCUUGCAAUGCUUUUGCGAGGAGUGCAGCACUGAUCAAAGCCGCGGAACAACUACUAGUGGUGGAACAGAGACGCGGCACGUGUACAAAUUGUACUCGGUCAUAAUGCACCAGGGUGCAACGAUAACUGCCGGCCAUUACGUUGCUUACGCACGUCUGCCAGAUGAGUCUGCGUACUCGGAAUAUUUCCACUGCGAUCGUGAUAACAAGCGGCAAAACUCGGGCCGGAGCAGCGUUACCAGUGCAAAUUCAUCGUCGUCGUCCUCCUCUUCUUCUUCUGACAAGGCAUCGGGUAUAUUUAAAUACUUCAGGAGUAAACCCAGUGCGAACGAAAACAAGGAGCAAUUGAUGAAUAGAAUCGGAUGCCGCAGCAUGGACUGCUGCGGUAUCAAGCGCAACAAGCAAGGUGUUACAUGGCUGGAAUGUGAUGACGAGGUAGUACACGUGAUACCGCUGCGAGAGCUCGAGGAUAAACUAGCACCCAAUCCGCGAAAUUCCGCCACUCCCUAUCUCCUGUUUUACGUAAGGUCGACGACAUAAGCUGGCGUACUUUGUCUUCCCCCGCAUCGGGUGUAUCAAAAUGUCUCCAUUUGGAAUUUCCAGCAAAGCAGCAGCGAGCAAUACGACAAAUUGGGCCUCGUUCUUUCCACGUUGUUACCCUUUUCCUCCCUUUACCCUUGCCUUCUCUGACCGUGUGCUGUGAUGUAUCGCACAUUCCAGACCUGAAUUCUUAUUCCUGUAUACAUUCCGCAUCAACGCGCUUUAGAUGCGCGAACGUGUAUAAUUUCGUAGGGGAUAAAAUUGUCCGCCAAACAUAUUACGUUAGAUUUCAUCGGACGGUACACAAAAAAUCAAUAUGUAUACAUGUAAUGAAAUAUCGUCAACAUAACGAAUCACGAAGCGAGUGUCCGCGUGUAGACUAUUUUAGCCUUAGUUGGGACGUGGAACGUUUUAUUAUUGAGUUAAUUGUAAAAUAAUAAAAAAUUAUGUAUUCUUGACACACACUUAUACUUGACUUCAGGC